AUGGGUUAUCAAGAGAUGAAGGAAAUGCCACAAGUGCUGAAACCAGCACUUCUGCUUCUAACUCUUCUUCAAAUCAUUUUUAUGGCAUCUCCAGGUCUUCGUGCAUGGGGAUGGUUCGUUUGUCUCACAGCAAUUCUUGAAUUUAUCACAGCUAUUGGAGUAUUUGGUGCUGUUUUCUUUGAUCUUCUCUUCACGAAAUCUGGACAAUGGGUUCUUAUUGAACUUGGAUACAGUGCAGUCUUUUGUGUCUGCAGUGCUCUCAACACCAUCUACUAUUUCUGUAAUAUCUUCUAUCAUUUCAAUUUCUGGUUCCUUCUCGCAACUAUCAUAUCAGUAUUGCUCGUCCUUGCAUACGGUCUAAAUACUCUUGUUCACUGGACCGCCCGAACUGGUACAACAUCUACUUCGAGCACUUCAAAUCAAGCAACAGCUGGCCCACCACCAUCAGCUUAUCCAGCUGGAAUCAAUCCUGCCUAA